GGAAUGACUGUGCACAAACAAAAACACUGCACAAAUGACCAUGAUCAUAAAGAGUUGCAAAAUAUAAAUAAAAAAUACUAAAACUAUAUAGCUAACUAGCUCAAAUUUCAACAAAUAUAUUUUUAAAAAUUACUUUGAUUCCAGACGCGCCUGUAUGAGCGCGCUGCGCGUUCUCGGGAUCGUUUUGCGUGAGCGCGCCUGCAUCGUUCGGCAACAAUCCCCCUUCAUUUCCCCCUGUAGGCCUCAGCAUCAGGAGGGAUAACAGCAGCAAGAUGUCAGGGAUGAACCAGGUCGUGGCAACAUGCUGGACCUGCCUCCUGCUCUCUGCGUUCCUGUUCGAGCCCGCUCUGUCCAAGGGCGGACGUGGAGGGUCCCGGGGCUCUUCUCGCGGGUCCCCCUCGCGCAGCUCUACAGCUGGGACCUACCGAGGAGGCGGCGCCUACGGGGGGACGCGCUCCCGGUUCAGAGUGGCYGGACGGAGCUCCCCGGUGAGGGUGGCGAGCGCCGCGGCGGCCGGCGCGGCGGUGGCCUUGUCGGCGGAUAAGUGGUACGCGUCGGCGUACCGCCGCAGCAACACGGACGGCUCCGAGGAGGAGCUGGAAUACUUCAACAGGACCGAUUACUUUGAUGCUCUGAUGUCCAGCUCCACUCAGAACGGCUCUUUUCUGUCUCAAAUGGUUUCUAUCAUUAUUGCAACAUUUCCCACAAAAUAUGGCCUCUUGCUGGACUGUAUACUGUAGACUUCACAAUGGAUUUUAGGGUAAAAUUUCUGAGCCUAAACCCAGAAAGGUGAUUAGAAGGAUCCAAUCACAAACAUCACUGUACUGUAUUUUAGUUAUUUGAAUAAAUUUACAUUKCCAACAUAGUUUUCACGCUCACAUUUGAGAACAUUUGCCAACAUUUAUUUUACCCUAUGUGCAAAAAAUAAAUAAACUCCUUAUGUGUACUGCCUAACUCACAUUCAAAUUUGAUCAUUUCUAUAGAUGAAACAAACCAUGCGCACCUCAGAUAAACAGGUUUGACUUUGGUCUUAUUCAGGGUUCCCACACCUUGGUCAACAUCAAAUUCAAGGACCUUUCAAGGACUUUCCAGUACCAAUUUCCUCAAAUUAA